AUGGCCUCCGAUGUCCCCCUCCUCGCGACCGGCCAGAGCAAGCGGCCGAAGGCGCGCAAGGUGCUCGUCACCUUCGAGCACGGCCCGAAGCCGCUGAGGAUCACGCUGCGCAAGGAGAUGACCGUCGCCGCGCUCUGGCCGCUCGUCAGCCAGGCGCGCGACGGCGUCGACGCGGCGUCGUACAUCCUCACCGGCGGCGCCGCCGUGCUGCUGCCCGACGACGGCGUCCUCGCGUCGAGCCCGGGCCGCGACGGCGACGUCGUCCUGCGCUGCCGCCGGAAGAUCGAGCAGCAGGACGACCGCAUCGCCGGAGUCGAGAGCUUCCGCGCGCUCCUCGGGCCCGAGGCCUACGUCGAGGCCAUGCGGAUCGAGAUCGCCCGGGAGCCGGCGCUCCACGCGACCUGGGCGGCCAUGCACGAGGCCAUGAUGGCCAAGGCCGAGCCGGCGCCGCCGAGGGCCCGGGACAUGUCGCUCGAGGCUUUGGUCGCGCGCGCGCGCGACGUCGCGGGCCCCGGCGCGCCGGAGCGGCGGCUCCGCGAGGCCGCGGCCCUCUGGGACGAGGUCGCGGCGCGCUGCGCGCCGAAGAGCGCGGGCGCGAACCGCCGCGCCUUCCUCGACGCGCACCUCGAGCUCCAGAGCCUCUUCGACCGCUUGCGGGACGUCGACGGCUGCCGCGCGCGCGGGUUCGCGGUCGCCGCGGCGCCGGGGACGCCCUUCUGGCGCGACGGCCGCCAGCGGCCGCCCCACUUCCUCCCGCACCUGGAGGCGGCGCCCUGGCACGACGCGCGGCGCUUCCCCUGGACCGCGGUCCUCGAGAGCCACGCGGACGUCAUCCGCGCGGAGCUGGACCAUUUCGUGUCCUCGCCCGCCGCGGGCCGCGCCUUCGGCAACGUGUCGCGCCGGGACCAGGACCUCGCGGGCGGCGCGGACCGCUGGCGCCAGUGCCAGCUCCUCGACGGCCGCGCGUGCCCGCGGACGACGGCGACGCUGCGCCGGAUCCCCGAAGUCGCGGACUGCGCGGAUUGCGGCGUCGGCCAGAUGAUCUUCUCGUGCCUCGCGCCGGGCGCGAAGCUGCGGCCCCACUGCGGGCCGACGAACGCGCGGCUCACGGUCCACAUGGGCCUCAUCGUGCCGCCGGGCGGCUCCCGGAUCACCGUCGGCGGCGAGGCGCGCGAGUGGCGCGAGGGCGAGUGCCUCGUCUUCGACGACAGCUUCGAGCACGAGGUCGAGGUCGUCGAGGGGCCCCGGGUGGUGCUGCUCGUCCACUUCUGGCACCCGGACAUACCGCGGGACGACUGGCCGACCGUCGCCGCGGAGGAGCGCGCGAUCCGCGAGGGGGCCGGGGGGCGCCACUUCAGCGACGCGCUGCCGCCGCCCUACGACGCGCUGUCGCCGAAGAGCCGCGCGGCGAACCCGCGGCCGCGGACGGUGAGCUACGGCCAGGAGGAGGGGUUCAUGGCCCAGUGGGCCCUCGACGUCGACGCGGCCUACGCCGCGUCCGGCGUGCCGAACCUCGUGCUCUUCGAGCCCGUGCAGCACUUCCUCAUGGACCUCGCGCCGACGCUCGUGCCCGUUUUAGCGACGACGUGCAAGCGGUCGCGCGAGUUCUACGCCGCGCGCGUCGCCGAGGGCCGCGCCUUCGACGGCUACGACGACGCGCGCUACGCGGCCUGGGCGCCCCUCGCGCGCUACGCGGGGGCGGCCCACCGCAGGGCGCUCCAGCGCCUGCUGCCGCGCGAGUUCCACGCCGCGCUGACCGUGACGCUCGCGGACGGCGUCACGGACGCGGCGCUCGACUGCUUCGGGAGCUACGUGUCCGCCGGCGGCGCGGCGACCAUCGCCGGGGCGCUCCUCGACGGCGCGGACAUCUCGACGAUCAACUUGCGGGGCAACGGCCUCGGGGACGACGGCGCGACGCUCAUGGCCGUGGCCCUCGAGCUCAAGGAGAGCCCGCUCCGGGUGCUGAGCCUCUGGUCCAACGACAUCUCGGACGCGGGCGCCAUCAAGCUCGCCGACGCGCUCGCCGUGAACACGUCGCUGACGACGCUGGACCUCGCGGGCAACAGCAUCGGCGAGGCGGGCGCGGACCGGCUCACGGCGGCCGUCGCGCGGAACCGGAGCCUCGCGUCCCUGGACCUGCGGAACAACGACGUCGACGCCCGCGACCCCAAGGCGGCCCAGGAGCGGCGGCGCCGCGCGCGCAAGGCCCGCCGGGAGAGCAUGGAGCACGCCGCGGCGCUCGCGGCCGAGGACCCGGGGCGCCCGCGGCGGACCAGCAUGCCCCUCAUCAUCAACCGGAGCGCCGAUGGGACGCCGAUCUUCAGCUUCGUCGGCCUGGGCACGGACGGGAGCCUCGGCGCCGACGGGAGCCAGUGCGACGCGCCGCUGCCCGCCCGGCGGCGGAAGAAGGUGCUGCCCCUCAUGAGCUACCGGCGGAAGAAGCGCGCCGACGACGAGGCCUGGGGCGCGCCGGCGGCGCGGCGGCGCCCGGCGCCGGCGCCGGCGCACCCCGUCAUGGACUACAACAACUGGACGCGCGACCUCGAGCGCGACUCCGCCGCCGGGCCCGCGGCGCCCGACCCGGGCUUCGCGACGUGGCCCCGGAAGCAGCCCGCCGGGGCGCCGCCGCCGGAGCCGUCGCCGACGCGGGCGAGCAAGCGCGCGGCGAAGCUCGAGCGCAUGCGCGACCUCGAGCGCGAGAACGCGCGGCUCCUCGAGCGCCUCAAGUUCGACGCGGCCGCGGCCGAGGCGCCCGCGGACGCGCCGCUGCCCGCCGUCGAGUCCCUCGCGGCGCUCGCCGCGCGCACGGGCGUCGACUGGGACGUGCCCGCGGCCCGCGCGCCCUGGGACGUCGCGCCCGCGCCCGCGGCGGCGCUGCCGUCGCCGCUGCGGGCGAAGCUCGUCCAAGCGCUCGCCGAACACGCCGCCCCGGAGGCGCCGCCGGAGGAGGAGGAGAUCCCCGUGCUCGAGCGCAUGCGCCGCGCGGCCGCGGAGCGCGAUGAGGCGGCGCGGCGGCGGGCCAACGCGGCCGCGAAGAAGCUGUCGCCGAAGAAGAAGAGGCCCGCGCUGAAGAAGAGCGUGUCCGCGCCGGCCAAUUUGAGCCCGCCCAAGCCCGGGGCCGCGUGCCGGGCGCGCGCGGCGGCCCGGGCCGCGCGGGAGCAGCGCGAGGCGGGCCUCGCCGCGGGCGACGAGUUCCUCGAGGCCCAGAUGAAGCGCAUGGGCAUCAGCGGCGGCGCGCUCCGCGUCGAGCGGAAGCACCGCUACGCGCGGGCGCUCGAGAAGCCCAGCGGCUACGACGCGCGGCGCAAGGCCACGCCCCCGGCGCCGCCGGAGCUCCACCUCGCGAACCACGAGCGGCUCCUCAAGAAGUACGAGCGGAGCCUCGUCGCGUCGAACGGCCUCGAGGGCGACCGCACGCCCCUCGCGGAGGACCUGACGCCCUACCGCGCGCUCGUGAGCCUCGCGCCCGAGGCCUUCGAGAUGGACCCCGCCACCGGCGCGACGGGCGCGCUGCGGCGGCGGAGCUUCGACGACGGCCCCGCCGCCGGCGAGGACGCGGCCGCGCUGGAGGCGCGCUUCCGCGAGAUCAUGGCCUAA